GAAGCGAAACAGCUGACGGUGAACAACAACACACAUACACACCAAGUCGUUUUUUCCUGCAGGUGGUGGUGUAGCAGACUCAUCCACGUAGCUCACAAACUCUUUUAGGACAGCUUCCAUGAGAGCUGGUGUCCGGCACUGGCUCUUAUGCAAAGUUAAGGUUUGGGGGUGAAAAGAGGGACGGGGUGGGAGCUUUCCAGUAAGGCGGAGACCCGGACCAAGGACCAUCCACCCCAAAAGCAGCCGCACAAUGGCACCGUCCUUCAUCCAAUGUUGCCGCAGUCUGGCUCUCUCGACGUGGCUGCUGUCGUUUUGUUUCGUGCACUUGCUGUGCUUGGACUUUACGGUUGCAGAGAAAGAGGAGUGGUACACUGCUUUUGUCAACAUCACCUAUCUGGACCCCGUCACUUCCGAGGUCAGGACGGAGAAAACCGAGUGCGGAAGGUAUGGUGAGCAGUCGCCCAAGAAAGAAGCCAGAGGUCUGGUCCUGGUUCCGUCCAGCCUGCAGGACAGGCAGGCGUGCGACCCCAGCCUCAGGUUCCCCCCUCUCCCCGCUAACACCGCCUGGGUGGCUCUGGUGGCUGAUGGGAACUGUUCCUACCGAGAGAAGAUCUGUAACGUUGCAAACUACAACGCCUCUGCAGUUGUGAUAUACAAUGUGGGCUCCACCAAUGCCAACGACACCAUAACAAUGCCCCAUCCAGGUACGGGUGAAGUUGUGGCCAUCAUGAUCCCAGAGCCUAAAGGCCGUGAGAUUGCUGCCUUGCUGGAGCAGCAGAUCAGGGUCACGCUGUCCAUCUCCAUAGGAACCCGCAACCUGCACAAGUAUGUGAGCAGAACGUCGGUGGUGUUUGUCUCCAUCUCCUUCAUCGUGCUCAUGAUCAUCUCCCUCGCCUGGCUCGUCUUCUACUACAUCCAGAGGUUCCGCUACGCUAACGCACGAGACCGCAACCAGAGACGUUUGGGAGAUGCUGCCAAAAAGGCCAUCAGUAAGCUGCAAGUACGCACUAUAAAGAAAGGAGACAAGGAGACUGAGUCAGACUUUGACAACUGUGCAGUUUGCAUUGAAGGUUAUAAGCCUAAUGAUGUUGUGCGGGUAUUACCAUGCAGGCAUGUUUUCCAUAAGCACUGUGUAGACCCGUGGCUACAAGACCACCGGACAUGUCCCAUGUGUAAAAUGAACAUCCUUAAAGCCUUGGGAAUCCUGCUCAACGCAGACUGCACAGAUGACGUUCCUCCAGACUAUGAGACAUCUGUCGGGGGUCCACCCACCAACGCCAUCAGUGGGGAGAGUGAGGUCACGUUUAACGAGAGCUCGGUGGUUCUGGAUCCAGCCGGCGGGGGGAUCGGCUUCCAUCAGCUCCACCCUGAUGAAGAGACAGAGCCUCGGGCAGCGGAAAGCCACAUCAUCACCGGCGGUGGGCACCAGGCUCCGAUCAGCAGUGACUCAGACUCGUCUUUCACGACAGGUGUGGAGGUAGACAUGUCUGAAGUACACCUGUCCACGGAGCAUGAAUGUGACCCGGGCAAAUCCUGAAAAACGCACAAAUCAGCAGGACAAAGUGACCAGGGGCCCGUCAGAGAUUCGCCACCUCUCGGGCCCCUAGAGGACUUCACAGAUGAUGAGCACUACAAAAUAGCAGCACAAAAACACCCAUUUCUGUCUUUAUGGACCAUGAAAAAACAAUAUGUGUCCCUGCAUCUGUGGACGUGUUGCUUGCUAGUUUUCUAGCAGUAACCACUCACUGUUUUGUUGGUUUUACUGCAAUGACGACCAGACAGCCAAUCACAGCUCUCCCAUUGUGGUGCCCCAACAUUUUCACAUCCUUAAACCAAGCAUCUGAAAUACACUUAAAACAAGUGCUCAGAUUUUGAACCACAGUACUGAGAGGUUCAAAUGGGUUUCUCUUCAUUCCUUCCAGCUGCAUCCAAGACUACUUAAUGCAAGAUAGCAGUUUUCAUUAUUAUAAGAAGUGUGUGCAGAUUGUUUGAUUUUUUGGUAUGGGAUCACUGCCAAAAUAUUCCAGCAGUAAAUGUUACUGAUGUAAUCAAUAUGGAGCAUAUAGGGUCUAAUGUAUUCCCUAACACUCUAAUAUGUGAUGUUCAACCAGAUGUCAACCACAUACUUAGGUACAUGUUUUCAUCCCUAAAAAAAAUAACUUAAAGCAUUGGUCUUUAAGUUCAGUGGUAAUUGGACAUUUCAGAAGUUGGAAUAUGUAUGCACAUGUUAAGCUGUAAUUUCUAAACUGUUUCUGUUUCUAUUUGUGUAAGAGUUUCAUAUACGUCUCCUAUUUAACCAACUGAAUAUUCCUGCUGUUGAGAGGAAAUCAACAAACACAUGGUAGAUGUUUCUGUCUUCACGUUUGACAAUCGUAACUUGCCACAAGCAGUUUGAAGUGAUGUCACCCACGGCCCUACUGAAACUGCUGCUGAUUCACACGUUAUCACAUGACGACGGUGACGUCUCCCUGCUGUCAGUCAGGAGGGAAGCUGUGUUCACACUACUGCUAAAUACAGCUGCCGAUACUGUUGCCACUACCGAACUCCUGGCAGUGUGCUGAUACUUUUGACAAACUUCCUACACUUGUGAAACCAGCCAAUAUAAAUAUGUCAACAAGUCUUUGUGCCAAGAUUAUAGUAAAUUGUUGUUAUUUCCCUGGCUGUGAAACAGAUUGGAAUAGGAUCAUGAUAUAGGAGACUGGUUUGGUGAAAAGGAUGAAGCUAUGCAUUACCCGACAGAUCAAAUGCAUUUGGGUGCAUGUUCAGGGUUUUCAUUUAUACAUGUAAAGCUCCAUGCAUGGGAUUGUUUAUGGCAUGAAAAGAUAACGGCAUGAAAAUGUUAGCUGAGAAGUUUUGUUGGGAGUAGGUCCACACUAUACCGGCUAAUUCUGCAGCCACAGCAAAUAUCUGCACUCAAAACCUCCUGAAUAGGAAAUUGGUCAGCACACAAGAAAACUGCAUCACACUGCAGGACCUCAGUUGGUUGAACUCCUGUUUUGUGCUGAGAAAUGUAUAAACUAAAAUACAGGUUAGUGAGAACAGAUAUGGUAAUUGCUAUAUUGACAUAUAAAAAAAGUUGCUUGUAUUAACAAACCUGCAGUCAAACACCAACUUAGUGUGGACAGUGGGCCAACACAGAGAAAUUAAGGUUUAAAUCUUGCUGGCUGAGUGUGGACGUAAACUUAAACUCCUAUGGCUCUGGGGACUGUUACUUCACACUCACCUUUACCGUUUCUGGUAAUAUUCAUUCUCCUACUAUUACUUUUGUUGUUCUGUAGUCAUCCUGUAUAUCACCUUCUUAGUAUUCAGUAAUUGAACAAGGUCAGUAGGAUCUAAUUGUCGGUUGGAUCUGUUUCCUCUCACAUUCCUGCACUCUGAAAAGCACAGACUCGUAUGACUGAGUCCGUGUAGCCAGUGGAAUUCAACGUUGUUGUUUUGUUUUUUACUUCAAGCCACUAUUUCCAUUACUGUAUGUCCUACAGCCACCUGGGACACUGUUACAUAACAAGCACAUCUCCUGUUCCCCCGUUUGAAGGAUUAUUGAAUGUGUGAGUGCUCCAUGAAGGCUUUCUUUUUAUAAGUGCACAUUUGAAUUCACAUUCUUUAUUCCUUUAAAUGUUUUGUUAGACUUUAUGCUCUUGGUUCUAGAAGUUUAUACCCAUAGACAGAUUUUCCUAGAUGAGGUUAAAAAUAAUGUAGUUUCUUACAGCAGUGAUUCACUGUGAAGUGCUGCCUGCAGGAAGCAUUUAUGAAUGUACAUUUUCACACUAUAUCUUAUAAACAAUGCGGUUGGUUUGACAGAAAGCUCGUUUUAUGUUUAGAUAUGUAUAUUUUGCUUUGAGGAUAUGAAGGAGGUGGAUGGUUGUGGUUCUUGCCAGCACGUCUGAGAUACAGAUGUUUACGUCUCAGCCGGCCUAAUCUAGACCUUUUAAGCCUCUAUAUUUCACAUCAUGGAUAAUGAGAUGGCACAAUACAUAAGAUUACUCAGAAGCACUUUCAGAUAUCUGUUGUCCUCCUUGCUUUUCUUUUUUCGCUUUUAAUUUCUUUUGCCAUCUUGUCUUUGUUUUAUGUUGGCACACAAACACUCUGUCUCUGCGACAAGAUAAAGUAAUGCACACAGUAGUGUUUAGUGUUAGUGCCAGAUCUCUGGCUCUAUGCCUACAGAGGGAAUUAGCCAGACGAUACAUCUUUUUACAGAGAAAUGUAAAGAUUAUAUGAGUAAACUAUAAGGUAAUCAUUGAUUUGUGUCUGAUAACAGUGUUUCUCUCUUGUAGGAAUAAAUACAAUUCAAAUUA